AUGGGUGAUCUACAGAGAGACAUCGAUGAUCUGCCCAAGAAUCCAGCUAAUUUCUCGCCCCUCACGCCCCUCGGCUUCCUGGAGCGAGCCGCGCUCCUUCACCCCACCCGUAAUUCUCUCAUUCACACCUCCCUCACCUUCACAUGGGCUCAAACAUACCACCGCUGCCGCCGCCUCGCCUCCGCCCUCCUCGGCCUCUCCGUCACUUUCGGUAGCACGGUUGCCGUGGUUGCUCCAAAUAUUCCGGCCAUGUUCGAGGCUCAUUUUGGAGUUCCUAUGUCCGGAGCAGUGCUAAAUACUAUAAAUAUCCGUCUAAACGCACAGGCUAUUGCGUUUCUCUUGGGACAUUCACACUCUGAUAUAAUAAUGGUAGAUCAAGAAUUCUUUUCUUUGGUUGAGGAAGCUUUGAAAAUUGUGGCCUAUAAAAGCAAGGACAAAUUCAAGCCCCCAACUUUGAUUGUCAUUGCUGAUGCAAACUGUGACAGAGAAUCUCUCGAACACGCGCUGCAAAGAGGUGCUAUUGAAUACGAAACGUUUUUAGACGCUGGCGACCCUGAUUUUGCUUGGAGACCGCCUCAAGAUGAGUGGCAGAGCAUUGCUCUUAGUUAUACCUCUGGCACGACAUCCAAUCCUAAGGGAGUCGUGUUGCACCAUCGUGGGGCGUAUCUCAUGGCCUUAAGUAACACUAUUGUUUGGGGCAUUGGUGAGGAAGCUGUCUACCUAUGGACUCUGCCUAUGUUCCAUUGCAAUGGUUGGUGUUUCCCUUGGACCCUCGCUGCUGUCUGCACCACCAGCGUUUGCAUCCGAGAGGUCACAGCAAAGGAAGUAUACACUGCUAUAGCUAAUCUUGGUGUCACUCAUUUUUGUGCUGCUCCUGUUGUUCUUAAUAGUAUUGUUCACGCCUCGAAAGAGGACUCGGUUCUUCCCCUGCCUCGUGUUGUCAAAGUGAUGACGGCCGGUGCAGCUCCGCCCCCUUCUGUUCUAUCCGCAAUGCAGCAAAGAGGCUUUAGAGUCACACACACUUAUGGCCUCUCGGAGACCUAUGGCCCCUCCACUAUAUGUGUGUGGAAGCCCGAGUGGGACUCUCUGCCUCCCGAAGCUCAAGCUCGUUUGAACGCGAGGCAAGGGGUCCGAUACGUAGGCCUUGAGGCCUUGGACGUGAUCAACACGCAAACGAUGCAGCCGGUCCCUGCUGAUGGGACGACGGUAGGAGAAGUCGUUUUCAGGGGGAAUGUGGUGAUGAAGGGAUAUCUGAGGAAUCCGAAGGCGAACGAGGAGGCCUUUGCGAACGGGUGGUAUCAUUCGGGUGAUCUCGCUGUGAAGCAUCCGGAUAACUACAUCGAAAUCAAGGACAGGUCGAAGGAUAUAAUCAUAUCUGGAGGUGAAAACAUUAGCUCUGUUGAGGUGGAGAAUGUCCUGUACCAGCACGAAGCGAUUCUUGAAGUCUCAGUGGUGGCCCGGGCAGACGAGCAGUGGGGGGAGUCCCCGUGCGCGUUUGUGGCGUUGAAGCUGAGCAUCGACGCUUCCGAUCAGGGGAGACUGGCGGAGGAUAUAAUGCAGUUCAGCCGGUCGAAGAUGCCGGCAUACUGGGUCCCGAAAUCGGUGGUGUUCGGGGCACUGCCGAAGACUGCAACAGGGAAGAUACAGAAAAAUGUGCUCAGAGCUAAGGCCAAGGAGUUGGGAGCUGUGAAAAAGAGCAGGUUAUGAAUAGAGUAAGGCUAUCACUUGUGUGUGUGUCUGUAAUGUUAGCCAUGGUUUAUAAUACUACCUUCUUUCCACAAUAGGAGUCACAUUUGGUG